UGCGACCUAAACGCACGUCUUUUAUGUGUCGUUUCUCUGUUCCGUAAAACGAGGCAAAAUUCAAAACAAAAACAUAGUGUAAACUGUAAACAAAAGUUGUUAAGUUACAGUUGUAUCGUGAUGGUUAUUUUUUGCAUUGAUAUAGUGAUGAUUUAGUGUAUUUUAUAAGAACUUGUUAAUAAAAAAUAACUUUCCAAUGAACACAACAAGCCAUGUGACCACAGCGAGAGCGGACCAGUAAAAGUGAUGUGGGCUGUAGCCACGCUGCUCGCGGUUUACAUGCUGCGGGCUACGGCCAUCUCUUGUACGGAGGCGCGCACCCGCUGCGCCUACCGUACAGGCUGUGGCUUUGCUCUCAAUAACUACAUGUACCUGUGCGGUGAUGUUCUCUCGGAGCCGACCAGCGUCUGCCCUAAACCAUGCGAGCACGCGCUCAUCGCUCUCACCACAGCUGAAGAGGGCAAGGAGCUUAUGAACUGUCAAUGUGAGGAUGAAUAUUGCGAGGAAGCGAAGCAGAGGAUCGAAGUGUGCCGGUCACAGGUGGUAAAGGGCGCAGCCAAUGCGACAUCAUCCUGCCGACUGUCGCAGAUGAUCUGCCUCGCCGAUGCUCAGUGCUCCACUGCACUCAGCUACUACCGUCAACUCUGCCGCUCCAUGUACCGCGGCAGAAAGUGCUCCAACCGAUGCCUCAAUUCCAUUAAAAUACUAAAAAAGCAGGAAAAAGCGGCAGCACUAACCGAAUGCAGAUGCGACGGCGAUGAGGACUUCGAUUGCCCCAGAAUGCAGAGCAAUCUCGCCAGAUUAUGUUUUCACAAACACCAAAAGAACCACACUAAUACACACAAGAAAGCACCACACGAAACAAACACAUCAACAGCUAGUUCUAUACAAUUCUCGACCUUCUUAGCGCUUAUUUGUUUGUUCUAUUGUUUAAAUAACACGUGACCGAUUCUAACUAGGUCUACCUCAGUUUAGUUUAUAAAGACAAUCCAUCAAAGUACAACGUAUUUUGUAAAAAAUGUAUAGAUCAGUAUUGUAAGUUAAUUUAUGCGUAGUUAUUAUUUUUAAGCGAGGAACAACAAGGGCGUGUAAAUGGAUUUGAGUGUGCGAGUUGUGUGUGUUUGAGAGGCAAAGUUUUUAUUUACGAAUCGACAAUAUUCUAUUUUAUUCAUGAAGUUUAAAGAGGUAAGUCAAUCAAAAGUUUAAUAAUGAAAUAAAUUGGACAUUAAUAUUUCUGACUAUGCAAUAGAUACUACACAAUGGGUUCUGUUACGUUUGGCACCACACUUAAAUUAAACAUGGAAAGUAUCAAAACUAUAGCCCAAAUCGAUUUCUAGUGAUAAUGGAGUAAUCUGUCAGUAUGUCCAUAAUUAGGUCAGUUUUUAAAACAUUCGUACCGCGUUAUGACCUCUCUAGUCCAAGUAAUACGGUUUGUGAUGGCGAUAAUGGGGACUCUACGCCAUGCGCGUGGCGACACGUGGGCGAAAAUGUAUAUAUGUCUAAAUGCGUGCGCGUUAAUACAGAUAUCGAGAUAGAGCGGUGCUGCAGCCGCCCACGGGCCCACGGGCGCGCUAUAAAUAUGGCCGCGCUGGUGGUCCGGUGACAAAUGUUGGAUUGGAUGCCUGACGUUACGGCGCCGAGCUUAUUAAUUCAUCUAGUGUCCGCCGAAAAUCUCAAAGUGAGUUUCCACUGUCUAAACAGAUGUAUUAAAACAUCAUGCCAUCCUUAUCUUGCUCUUUAAAAACUUAGUAUAAGAUCAUGUUUUAACACAAGUUGUUUAAGCUGUGGGUAAACCCUU